AUGGGUAUUAAUCGACAGAUUCGUUUAGUUUUAUGGAAGAAUUUUACUAUUCGACGUCGACGAUGGCCUCGUGCAAUAUUCGAAUUAAUAUGGCCUUUAUUUUUAUUUCUUAUUCUUAUGUGGGUACGAACAAGAAAUUUAACAUUGUACUAUGAUGCUUGUUAUAAUGAUCCAAAAUAUCUUGGAUCAACAGGAUUUUUACCUGCAUUACAAAGUUAUAUUUGUCGAUAUAAUAAUACAUGUUAUAAUCAAUCAAAAACAACCGAUGAAUUCAAUGAUGAAACAUCAUUUUGGAAUCUAAUGUUAAAUUUAAGCAAAAGUCUUUCGAUUAUUUUAAAUGAUGAUGAAGUAUCUAAUGACUUACGAGAACUUUUUUCUCAAAUAAAAUCAUUAAAUAUUUUAACGAAUAUUUGGAAUGGUUCUAUUUGGGCAAAUAAAAGUACGAAUGAUUUUAAUCAAUCAAUACCAACAAUAAUAAUUACAGAACUCUUUGUCAAUCCAAUUAAUUUAUCAAAUCUUCAUCAAUACUGGUUUAUAAAUGAAACUCAAAAUUCAUUAUCAAAUUUAGAAAUAGCAUUAGAAAUUUAUUUUACAUCUAUACGACGAAAUUUUUCUUAUUCAUAUCAAUCGGAAAUAGAUAUUCAACAAUCAUUUUGUAUUGAUGGAGAGUUUAAUAGAACAUUUUCAAUUAAUCAAAUACAAAUAAAUGAAACAAUAAAUUUUUUAUGUUAUAAUUUAUCAGCAAUUGAUUUAAAAUCAUUUUUAAUUAAUGUACAACAACAACUUGAUAAUAUAUUUCUGGCUGUUGUGGCACCGCUUAUGAAAACUUUUUUUGAUGAUCGAUCCAAGAUUACUGAAACAGCACUAAAACUUCGUGAUCGUUUGGAAAUACUUAAUGUCAGCUUUCCAUUUGGAGGAAGCAAUAGUAAUAUCAGUUUAAAUUCAAUAUGUGGUGGUCGUAAUGAUCUAUCACAAUAUUCAAAUCAAAAUCAAUCUGCAAAAACUAAUAAUAAACAAACUCGAAAUGCUCAAACACGUGCAGCAACUAAUGAAUUUUUAUUUGGUAUUGAUUGGAAUAGUUUAGCAAUAGACUUACUUUCAUAUGAUGAAUCUGAAAUGUGUGAACAAUCAUAUAUAACUGGUUCUAGUGAUAUAAUGCAAAUUACAACAGUUAAUCGUUCAUGUCGUUGUGUUUUAUUUGAUCAAGUAUUCAAUUCAAAUUCUGUAUUAAAACAACUCUUAAGACUUGUACGUCCUAUUCUAUAUGGAAAAAUAUAUUAUCAUCCAUCAAAUAUUCAUUAUGAUAAUAUAAUAAAACAAAUUAAUCAAACAUUUGAAUCAUUAGAUGAACUUGUUCGAUUAUUUCGUCAAAUGAGAUUAAUAUUUCAACCAAGAUAUAACAUAUCUGAAACAAUUUGUAAUAUAUUUUCUAAUUCAUCAUUUAUUUGUCAACAAUUAUUAAUAUAUAAUUCAUCAAUAAAUUAUUUCACUAUUUUAACAGAAUUUAUUGCUUGUACAGAACUUAAUCGUUUUAUAGCAAUGAAUAGUGAAUUAGAAAUGAUACGUGAAGGACAAAAUAAAGCUCUAAUAAAUAAUUUUUUAGCUGCUAUUAAAUUUAUGAAUGAUAUAACAAAUAAUGAUAGUUUACCAAAACAUAUUCAAUUUAAAAUACGAAUGACACUUGAUCGAAUUGAUAAUACAUUUCGAACUGAAGAUCGAUAUUUUUCAUAUGCACCUCGUGUUAGUGUACCAUCGUCAACAAAAUAUCAUUCAUAUGCAUUUAUUUAUUUACAAAAUGCUAUUGAACGUGCUAUAAUUAAUAUACAUACAGGAAGAACUGUACCAUAUGGUGUACAAACUCAACAAAUGCCUUAUCCAUGUUGGAUUAAUGAUAAAUUUGUUAAUUCCAUUAGUCGAAUGUUACCAUUAUUAAUGGUUUUAAGUUGGAUAUUUACAGUAUCAAUGAAUGUUAAAGAUAUUGUACAUGAAAAAGAAAAACGAUUAAAAGAAAUAAUGAAAAUUAUGGGUUUAAAAGAUUCUGUUCAUUGGUUUACAUGGUUUGUUUUAUGUACAACUGUUAUGAUAUUAACAGCAUUUAUACUUGUUCUACUAUUAAAGGUUAGUGUAUGA